GGGGCGGGCGGCGCGGCAGGCACAGCCUCCCGGCGGGCGCCCGGCGGCGGCAGCAGGGCGGGCGGGCGGGCGGGCGGAGGCUGCUCCCGGCCCCGCCGCGCCGCCCGCAGGCUCCGCCCGGCGCUCCCAUGGCGCGGCGGCCCCGCGCCAGGUGAGCAGCGCUGCCUGUUGCGCCGAGCGGAGCGGAGCGGAGCCGCCGGGGCCACACGCCGAGAAGUUUUGCGGGAAGGCGCCGCGAUAAAAUUUUCAAAAAAACUGGAAGUAGAAAUUACGUUUGUGGGUCUCACCAAAUGCUGGGAGGUACAAGAAAUCCAUCAUUCUAACACAAAAGAGGAGGAGGGGUGGACAAACAAGGAGAUGGCAUGCUUCUAAGAAGCGUAUUGACGAUGAGGAAGCCCGUGUGCUAGUAACCAGUUUUUACUAAUCCUGCCGAAGAAAAUGAAGCCACGUUUCAGCUUUGCCGAUCCUUUUCCCACCCUGGCGGCUGAAUGAGAAAUGGUCGUGUGAUUAUGCUGACAGCCCAGCAUGCAUUUGGUAGACCUGUGGUUAACUCGUUCCCUCUCCAUGUGUCUGCUCUUACAAAGUUUUGUCCUCAUGAUACUGUGCUUUCAUUCUGCCAGUAUGUGCCCAAAAGGCUGCCUCUGUUCCCACUCCGGAGGUCUGAAUGUCAGCUGUAGCAAUGCAAACCUCAAGGAGAUACCCAGAGAUCUUCCUCCAGAAACAGUCUUACUUUAUUUGGACUCUAAUCAGAUAACAUCUAUCCCCAACGAAGUUUUUAAGGACUUGCACCAAUUGAGAGUCCUCAAUUUAUCAAAAAAUGGGAUUGAGUUUAUCGAUGAACAUGCCUUUAAAGGGGUGGCAGAAACCUUGCAGACUCUGGAUUUGUCCGACAACCGGAUUAAAAGCGUGCACAAAAACGCUUUCAACAACCUGAAGGCCAGGGCCAGAAUUGCCAACAACCCCUGGCACUGUGACUGCACGCUGCAGCAGGUGCUGCGGAGCAUGGCCUCCAACCACGAGACGGCCAACAACGUCAUCUGCAAGACCUCUGUGCUGGAUGAGCACGCGGGGAGACCCUUCCUCAACGCUGCCAACGACGCCGACCUCUGCAACCUCCCUAAAAAGACUACUGACUACGCCAUGCUGGUCACCAUGUUUGGCUGGUUCACCAUGGUGAUCUCCUACGUGGUUUAUUACGUCCGACAGAACCAGGAGGAUGCAAGGAGGCACCUUGAGUACUUGAAAUCCCUGCCAAGCAGGCAAAAGAAACCAGACGAAGCCGAUGACAUUAGCACUGUGGUAUAGUAUUCUGAAUAAAAUGACCGCCUUUGUGGUGGACACUAGAGUUGGAUGACGCUAAAACCAGAGGUUUACUUCUAACAUUCAUUGUAAACAUUAAGACUUUUGGGGCUUUUUUUUCCUGUUUAACUGAAUUACGCCACUGUUGAGCUUUCUAACAGAAAGUUUUGUCUGGGUGGUAAACUUCAAUUAUUUCUCUGGUGGUAUCCUAAAGCAAGUGAAUUAAUAUGUAAACAUUAGUUUAGACCCAUUCCACUAUUUAAUAACGAAAUUUAUUUUUUUAAUUUAAAAACUAAAUAAAAGCUUAAAUUUGAACCAUGUAAA